UCAGACCCAAGGUGGCUCUGAACGCCAGGCACCCAAUGCUGAUCACAGCCCCGGUUACUGCAUUGAGCAAGGACCAGAGAGCGGCGCCGGCAGAUGGGAUCAGAGCCCCUCCUUACCGACACCGGUAGAUGACACAGAGUCGCUGCUACUGGCAAAUAGAAUCAAAGAUCCCGGUAGUGAUAGGAAGAUCAGACAGAGACCCAUGUACUUGUAAGAUCAGAGGUCGGGGUCGAGAGAUAGAACAGGUUUCAGGUCGCUGGAGAGAGAUCAGUCAAGGUAAUCAUUCACCAGUACCCACAGAGGGAUCGGUCUUCGGUAGCGACAGAGUUAUCAGGGUCCCCGGUACCGACAGAGGAACAAGUCCCAGUACCGAUAGAGAGACUGGGGUCCCCGGUACCGACACGGAGAUCAGGGUCCCCGCUAUCCCGACAGAGGAGAUCACGAUUCCCGGUACCGAUCGAGAGAGAUCGGCACCGGUACUGACAGCUCCCGGUAAGGGCAGGGAGACCAGAGCCGGCGGUACCGACACGGUUGGAGAGACACGGGACCGGGGAGAGAGAGAGAAGAUCAGCCCGGGGAACCCACCAUCAUCUCCCGGUCCGGGCAACACCAGGGACCCGGGACCCGACCCAUACCCGAGCGAUGGAGCCGGUUACCGGGAACCCCGCCGCGGUCCCGGACCCAGACACAGAGGUGAACGCGUCCCUUGUGGAGGGCAGCGGGCUGGAGCUGGGGCUGGAGCCGCCGCUACUGACCGACGCCUGGCUGGUGCCGCUCUUCCUCGCCCUCAUCCUCAUCCUGGGGCUGCUCGGCAACGCGCUGGUCAUCCAUGUCAUCACCAAACACCGGCAGAUGAGGACAGCCACCCACUUCUACAUCGCUAACCUGGCUGCCACAGACAUCAUAUUCUUGGUCUGCUGUGUUCCAUUCACUGCCACCCUGUACCCUCUGCCAGGCUGGAUCUUCGGUGACUUCAUGUGCAAGUUUGUCAACUACCUGCAACAGGUUACUGUGCAGGCAACUUGUAUUACCUUGACUGCGAUGAGUGCAGACCGAUGUUAUGCGACAGUGUAUCCACUCAAGUCUUUGAGGCACCGAACCCCCAAGAUUGCCAUGGGAGUCAGCACAUGCACCUGGAUCUGUUCCUUUGUCCUGUCUUUGCCAAUUAUUAUGUACCAGAAGAUUGAAAAGGGAUACUGGUAUGGACCUAGAACAUACUGUGCAGAGGCCUUUCCAUCAGAUGCUCAUCAGAAGGGCUUCAUACUGUACCACUUUCUUGCUGCCUACCUUCUACCUUUGCUCACAAUAUCCCUCUGCUACUCUUUGAUGAUUAAGAAAGUGGGUAAACCCGCCAUUGAGCCGGUCGACAACAGCUAUCAGGUUCAGCUCGUAUCUGAAAGGACAAUUGCACUGAGAAGCAAGAUUUCUAAAAUGGUGGGGGUGAUUGUGCUCCUUUUUACAGUCUGUUGGGGGCCCAUCCAACUCUUUAUCCUAUUCCAGGGAUUUUACCCAAAGUUCCAGGCCAACUAUGAGACUUACAAGAUCAAAACUUGGGCUAACUGCAUGUCUUAUGCCAACUCGUGCAUUAACCCCAUAGUUUACGGGUUCAUGGGAGCCAGUUUCAGAAAGUCUUUUAAAAAGGCCUUUCCAUUUAUGUUUAGACAUAAGGUCAGGGACGACAAUGUGACCUAUGCCAGUGGCAAUGCAGAAAUGAAGUUUGUCACUGCAGAAACCUAACAGUUAAGAAUUAUCCAUGAAUGAAUGCGGUUAAUGAUACACCGCCCUAAUUUGAGCAUUUUAUUUGGCCCAGAUAUUUCCUAGAGGGCAAAUAUACUUACAAUUAAAGACAUAAAAGUUCUUAAUUUAUUUACGAGCUUACCUUUGUGGAGUAACACUUAGUUAUACGGCAAUGCAUUGUGAUUUAAUGUUUAAAAAAAGUAUUUGCCAUCAACUAGCUUCAGAAGCACAAAUGGGACCUUUGUAAUUGGUUGCCAGGAAGUAUUCCCCUAGGUUUUGAAAUUCUGUAAAAUCUAGAUGGAAACAGGCAGUGCGAAAAUCUUUCUUGCCGCAACCCACUGAGUCAUUUCUUGAACAAUUCAAAAGAAAAACAACUUAAAACUUGGCCUUAAAACAAACUCUGCUUUCAGAGUUAUAUUAGGAUCAAAUUUAUUACAUUGUAGUAAUGUAUAGGAAAUGAGCUUACCCUUUGGAAUUUCUUUGUAAUGUGAAUUUUGUGGAAAUAAGAUGUAGUUGGAUUGAAUGAAAAGGCAGAUGUGAUUGACUGAAGAUCUAUUGGAAAUUGAGGCAAUUGAGCUGUGUUUGGUUAGAAUUAUUUUUGGUUGAAAUGCAUGGAAAUUUCAAUUGCAACAAAAUAAUUUUGCCCUAGCUUUAGUCAGCUGCACAUCUUGAGAUAUACUAAGUAUUUUGAACUUUGGGACUCUUUAGUGUGUCGUUAUAAUUGGGUGAUACUGAUUUAUUUGGAAUUUGGGUUCGAGUGCUAUUGAAAUAACGUAAAUAACAUCAAUAUAGUUUUAAACUGUUGAAUCACCAUACCCCAAAAUUAUCAGACAGAUUGAAUAAAUACUAAGUAAACAUUGAUUUAAUUUAAAAUAUCAGUAUGGCAUAUUGACAGUUAGAUCUUGUCAAGCCAUUAAAUUUCUGGCACAGUCGAGCUGUCAUAAUCUAAAUGAAUGACGGUUGAUUUUUCAAAGAUCGAUCUGUGCAAGCAAUUAAAUCAGUUCCCAUUCAAGGAAAAAAACAGCAAGUUAAACAUGGUAAUUUUUAAAGCGAAGAGAAGGGUUAAUGAACUGAAUGAAAAGACAUUAUGAAAAUCAUUAAUCAGCUCAGCAGUGACCUUGAAAAGAAAUUAAUGAAUUCACUGUUGAAAAAUGCCAAGAUAAUUGUUAACUUUGUGUUGUGAAUUUGGAUAGAUCCCCUAAAUUGAAAAUAUUGUUUACGCAAUGGGGCUUGAAGCAUUGGGGCAGUAAAAAACCCCAUUCAGUCUACAGUCUGAAAGAAAAGAUUACUGAUAGGUUGGACUAACUACAAUUGUUGACCUUUUCCAUCUGAAUUCUUUAGCAGUAGAUUUUAAAUGUUAGUCAAUAGAUUAUGACAGAUGUGUUGACAUAAAACCUAGUUACAGGAAGCUGUUUGAUUGUUUUGGAUUUAGUAUGUCUAAGAUGACGUACUAUCUUGUGGGAAAAACAGCCUGGUGAGGAAAAUAUGCAGCCAUACUGUGUACCAUUCAGUCAUGCUUAUAUAUUGGAGAAUUUCAAGACAAACUAUUUUCAAAUGUAAAUAACUAUCUGUUGCUACACAUGUCAUUUUCAUUGCUUUUCGUGAGAUGACUAAUUUAAAAAGAUAUUUUUGUGAUUAAAAUACAUUUAUAAUGUGAAA